AGGAGCCGCGGAGAGAGAGAGAGAUCCAGCAGCGCCCAGAGAACCGCUUCUCCAUCAGAGCCGGAGGUGUGAACGGGCUCAACAUCCACCAGGGGGAUCGUAGAAUCGGAGUCGAGGCUGCGGGUCGGAGCUGUGUUCGUGGUCGGACGUGUGAGUUGCUCUAAACAUGUGGAAGGCAGCAGCAGGACAGUCAGUCAAUGUGGCUGUAAAUGACGAGGGUGACGACUGGGAGACUGACCCGGACUUUGAGAAUGACGUAUCGGAGAAGGAGCAGCGCUGGGGGGCCAAGACGGUGUCGGGCUCAGGACAUCAGGAGCACAUAGACAUCCACCGUCUGCGUGAGACGGUGUCGACGGAGCACACCAGCCUGAAGCAGAAGGAGCUGGAGACCAUGCCCAAAGCCUCGCAUGGAUACGGAGGAAAAUUUGGAGUUCAGCAAGACCGCAUGGACAAGUCUGCUGUGGGUCACGACUAUCAGAGCAAGUUGUCCAAGCACUGCUCCCAGACGGAUACCUCCAAGGGCUUUGGAGGGAAGUUUGGAGUGCAGGCUGACCGUGUUGACCAGUCAGCUGUUGGCUUCGAGUAUGCUGGGAAGACGGAGAAACACGCUUCGCAGAAAGACUACGCCACUGGGUUUGGGGGGCGUUACGGCGUGCAGGCAGAUCGUGUCGACCAGAGCGCAGUGGGCUUCGAUUACCAGGGCAAAACCGAGAAACACGAGUCCCAGAAAGAUUAUGCCAAGGGCUUCGGAGGCAAGUUUGGUGUCGAGACCGACAAGGUGGACAAGAGCGCUGUGGGCUUCGAGUACCAGGGCAAAACUGAGAGGCACGAGUCACAGAAAGACUACGUGAAAGGCUUCGGGGGGAAGUUCGGUGUGCAGACGGACAGGCAGGAUAAAUCGGCGCUGGGAUGGGACCACCAGGAGAAACUGCAGCUCCACGAGUCCCAGAAAGACUAUAAGCGUGGGUUUGGAGGGCGGUAUGGGGUAGAGGUGGAGAAGCAGGACCAGUGUGCCCUGGGCUAUGAGCACAAGGAGAGCCUGGCCAAGCACGAGUCCCAGAAAGAUUAUUCUAAAGGAUUUGGAGGGAAGUUUGGAGUCCAGAAUGAUCGCAUGGAUAAGAGUGCCGGGACCUUUGAUGAGGUGGAGAAGCCGACCUCCUCUUACCAGAAAACCAAACCUGUGGAGGCUGCCGGCAGCAGCACAGGAAGCAUCAAGGCUCGCUUCGAGAACAUCGCCAAGCAGAAGGAGGAGGAGGACAGGAAGAGGGCCGAGGAGGAGCGAGCACGUCGACAGGCCAAGGAGAAGCAGGAGCAAGAGGAGGCGCGCCGUAAAAUCGAAGAGACGGCCAAGGCCCCCUCUCCCGUCCCUGCUGCCAGUCCCAGUCCCACUCCUGCAGUCCAGCCAGCUGCGGCAGCGACAUUCCAGAACGCAGAGGACGUGUCGCACGACGCUGCCGAGGAGAACGGAGAGCCGCUGUACGAGCCGGAGCCACAGACCCAGUACGCUCAGCAGGAGGACCAGGACCAGGACCAGGACCUGUACCAGACCCCCGCAGAGACCACAGCAGGAGACGGGCAGCAGUACGAUUACGGCGAGGACCUCGGGGUGACGGCGGUGGCUCUGUAUGACUACCAAGCAGCCGGCGACGACGAGAUAUCCUUCGACCCCGAUGACAUCAUCACCAACAUCGAGAUGAUCGACGAGGGCUGGUGGCGAGGCGUGUGCAGAGGCGCCUACGGCCUUUUCCCAGCCAACUACGUGGAGGUUCGACAAUGAUGACGCCGCGCUGAGACGACCUGUGUCCCCGUCCUUGUGCAAAAAAAAAGAAAAAAAAAAACGAGGGAGGAGAUGAAUCUUCUUCUCUUCUUUCCUUUCCACUCUUUGGUCUUUUCUCUGUUCACCUCAUCUGCUUUGACACUGCGAGACGUCCUCAGGUCUCCCAGCUCGCCUUCUGUUGCUCCUUUCUUCCAUCCCGUUGCUACAGAGUCCAAGUUUGUUUCCCUGUGUGCAGCAGAGAACAGGAUGAGUUGUAGAAGAGUGAUUCAAUACCAAGAGAAGAAACAGAACUCAUUGUCUGGGCUUAAAGGUGCUAUAUGUAAGAAUGUGCCACCUGCUAAAUUCAGACUCCAAACUAACUGGACUUUCUUCCAUCUAACUCAAAUAUUAACACCAUAAGUAAUGAUAUUAUCAGCCCCCUUUAAGCUAUCGCUGCAUCAGCCUCUGUUUACUUUCCACACUUCGUCUUUGCUGCAGAACACAGGUGGGUAAAAGACGCCGUCAUGAGACAGGAUGGACCAAAGCUAGCUGGUUAGCAUGCUAACUUCUGUAGCUAUCUCUGCAGCACAAGGCAUGAAGCUUCAAGUUAUUUCUCCAUAUUCUGUUGAUCAUUUUCGGCAUGUUUUAAACUAGAGUUCUUACAUAAAGCUCCUUUAAAAACAGGCAGACAUAUUUCUUUGUAUUAGUUGAAGCUGCAGAGUGCAACGUGGCUGUUCAGGCCUCAGCUGACUCCUGUGUUACAUUUUGAAGCUUUUAGUUUUUACAGAAACAAUAUUAGAGCUCACAUGGUGUUGAUCAGGUAUCGCUGCUUCUUUAAUUCUCACCAAAGACCAGAGUAAUGACAGCAACGAGCUGAACUAGUGUCUCAAACAAGUCUUGUGCGCUGGUCUCAGGGUGCUCACUGCGACGUAGCUCAACCUUAAUGUCAGCAGGGGAGUUUAAACUUUGGAUUAUAAUGUAUAUUGAUGGAUAGAUAAAUACUUUCAGUGCAGCGAGUCUGGACCAAAAAGCUGAUGAACCUCUUUUUGCUUCCUGGUCCGUCAAGUUUAAAUUCCCCUCGAUUCUCAGUGGGAAACUGAACGUCCAUUAGACUUUAAAUCGUCGUGCGAAUUCUUUUCCUGAGUGCUCGCAUCGGUCUUAAGGUUGAUUUGAUAAAUGAUCAAUAAUCAGGUUUGCUCCUUUACUGAUGUUUAAAUUGUUCGCAGAAUAACGGGGCCAUAAUAUCAAAGACUUUAUCUCCACUGUGGCAAAUUGCAAGCUAAACAAAAGCACUACAGCUCAUAGUAUUAUUUUAAUCAUGUUAGGAUCAUGUACAGAGAGAUCUGAUUUAUGACGCUUUGACAAAUAAGAGAUUUGAAAACAUAUUUUUGUCCCCCGUCGCUGUGGAUUUCUGUGGAUGUGUAUUUGUGUCUUUCUGCCGUGAAUGCUCGGAGAGUUUUUUUUUUUGUGUCAUAAAAUGUUGAGCGAACAUCCUCAUCACGACCAAACGAGUGAGUGACCUUUAUAAAUGGGUUUGAUUUCUCGGCCUGCAGAGACGGACAGCAGGCUGCUGUUGAGGGAAGACGCUGUGGUGAAUUCUCCAAACACUAAUUAAUUAUUUCUACCAGACGGCAGCUCGUCUGUGGAUCGCAGUAGUGUAGCUUAAACAGUGUGUGUUUGAGAGAGAGAGAGUGUGUGUGUGUGUGUGUGUGUGUGUGUGAGGGCUUUCAUUAAAUCCAUCUUUGGGGUUUUAUAAUAAAAAAGUGACCUUUUCAAAUGCAUUAUUUUUAUCUGUACCUCUGUUGGCUUGAGUCACAUCAUUACCUGCUUGUUCUUUUUUUUUAGUUUCAAUAAAUAAACUAUGAACGAUGA